AUGAUGUUGCUUCUACUUGCCCACACUCUCUUAGCCACUUCGGUGAACGCCGUCAACAAUGGUCUGGCUAGAACCCCUCAGAUGGGGUGGAACAACUGGAAUUCUCUGGGCUGUGAUGUCUCCCAGUCGCUGUUGAUUGAUACUUCCAAGGUGCUAUUGGAUAGCGGCUUGAAGGACGUGGGUUAUCAGUAUGUUGUCCUUGACGAUUGCUGGUCGGAUGGUCGCGAUGCAGCUGGCUAUCUUCGACAUGAUGCAAAAAAAUUCCCCAACGGCAUGAAGUGGGUCGCCAACGAACUCCACGACAUGGGUCUUCUGUUUGGCAUGUAUUCCAGUGCGGGUGAAAUGACCUGCGCCAGAUACGAAGGUUCUCUUGACAAUGAAGAGAAAGACGCUGAGAUCUGGGCCUCUUGGGAUGUCGACUACCUGAAGUACGACAACUGUUAUCAUCGCGGCCGAUUUGGCUAUCCUGAAAUCUCCUUCAACCGUUACAACACGAUGGCCAAAGCUCUCAAUGCUACAGGCCGACCAAUACUAUACUCAUUGUGCUCUUGGGGAGAGGACUACGUGCACACCUGGGGAAUGUCCAUUGCCAACUCCUGGCGGGUAUCAGGUGAUAUCUAUGAUCACUUCAAUCGUCCUGAUGCUCUGUGUGCGUGUGAUGACCCUCGAGAUCCUCACUGUGUCGCCCCAGGUACCCACUGCUCGGUCAUGAAUAUCAUCAACAAAGUUGCACCCUACGUCGAUCGCGGUCAAUUUGGCGGCUGGAACGAUUUGGAUAUGUUGGAAGUCGGACAGGGUGGAAUGACAGACGAGGAAUACAAAGCUCACUUUUCCAUGUGGGCAGCUCUAAAAUCCCCGCUGCUGAUCGGCACGGACAUUCGCGAAUUGUCCCCAAAGACGUUGACCAUUCUAAAUAACCCAGCCGUCAUUGCGGUCAGCCAAGAUCCACUCGGUCGAUCGGUGGCCCAAAUCUUCCGUGACCAACUGGUCAAGAAGGACAAGUACGGACAAGGGGAGAUUCAAAUCUGGAGUGGCCCUCUUUGGCUACACGACCAGGUCGUCAUAUUCCUCAAUGCCGCAGAUGAAGAUCUUGAAAUGACAACGACCCUCAAUGAGAUCUUCUUGCACGAAGGACCCGAAGGUUCGGCACCGCAGACCAAGGAGGAAUUCGACGUUUACGACCUGUGGGCCAACCGCAUGGAAGACUCUACAGCCGAGCAGAUUCUGAGUGGGAAGCCUCAAUACAAAAGCUCAUGGUAUAACUCGACUCGGACACCGUACAAGGAAGGUCUAGCUAAGGCGGAUCCCCGACUCUUGGGCAAACGCGUGGGCAGCAUUGGACCCAAACAUGACACUCUGCGAGCUCAUGUACCACGACAUGGUAUUCGCAUGUUCAGGUUGCGUAAUUUGAGUGGCGGCUCUCCAAGAACUCGUCGCCGCAAGUGCGAGAUUACCGCUGCUGGUGCCCCAUGUGCCUACUGCAGCCACCGCAAGCUCACAUGUUCCUUUGCGGCCUUCCCCCAGCCCGAUGGAAAUUGGCUUAACCAGUCACCAACCACUACUCCCGAUGCCGCUGGACCUGGUCUGGCUCGAUACCAGAGCAUCACGACCGAGCUACCUUCUCAAUUGCUGUGCAUAGAGCUUGUUGAACUGUAUUUCAGGUACAUUCACGAUACCUUCCACUCCCUCUUUCAUCCACCCAGCGUGAUGGAAGACGUCAUCAGCGGCACAAUCCCGAGAGUCCUUCUGUUUGCGAUGAUCGGCCUCUCUGCAAGGUUUUCGGACGACUCCUUCUUCGCAGGAAUCGACCCAAGAGUCCGGGGCAGGCCGUACGCCCAGGAAGCCGAGCAUCUCCUCAACUUGCGUGAGGUUUCCUUAACGACAUUGCAGGCGGCUGUUCUUCUGGGCGCCUAUGUCAUCACUGAAGGUGAGGCAGCUGCUGAGGCUGUCUUCUACAGUGUAGCCUGUCGGAUUGCGCUGUUGGUCGACCUUCCCAAUAUGGCCGUUGCAUCUAGGCUCGAGCGGGAAGUGAACCGUCGAGCGUGGUGGACGCUUUGCAUGAUUGAUGUCUGGUCCUCUAGAGGGGUUCGAGUCUCUCGAUUGCUGACGCCCAAUGGCGACAUCCCCUAUCCCAUGGAAGAAACAGUGUUUCACCAACUCCGCCGCGACGACAAUGACUUCUCAAGCCCAACCAGCCCGCAAGAAUCGAGCGCAUCGUUGCUGACGCAGAUGAUAAAGUUGAAUGCGAUUCUGUUCGAGAUCAGCACCAUCAAUGAACUGGCGGCGUCCAAUUUGCAACUCGACUUCAAUCACCUCGAAGCCGUCGAUGCACUCACAGCCAAAUUAGAAGGCUGGUACAACAACCUGCCUAUCGGGCUGCAAGACACACCCGCAAACCUCUCACGGUACGCUACCAUGGGGCUUGGCCCAAUGUUUGUGGCUGUCUAUUUGGGCUAUUACCACUACGGACAACUACUGUACUACCCAUACUUGCACGAAGACUCAUAUGACGAUGCCAUUCACGCCCGAUUCUAUGCCGACAAAUGCAAAGGCCACUCGAUUGGCCUCUGUGAGAUUCUGUACCGCGCAUAUUCUACCCCAGGCUGCGAGGUCUACUACACAAUGGUCGGGCAUGUUCUGGUCAUUGCGUCAACAGUACAACUCCACAUCCUGCUCUUCAGCACCGACGAGGUGCAGAUUCGGACCGCGCGGUCCCGUCUUGAGAGGAAUUUUGAGAUCUUAACGCGCCUGCAGACGUUCUGGCCCACCUUGGACGUCUGCUUUACGCGGUUCCGCGAGUUCCACAAAGCGUGCCAGAAAUACAAGGAGACGUCCUUUCGCAUGGAUAAAUGGAUGCUGCAAUUCCUGUUCGAGUUCGCAAAGCCCGUAGGCGAAAAGGGUCCAGACGAUCUCGCGGAGCUGAGGCCGUGGUCCAUGCAGGAUUUGGAGUUCACACCUCCUUCCUGA